AUGAGCAAUGAGUACAUCUUCUCAGUCCAGUCAGAUAUCAUAGCAGUACGUGGGAGACCCAUUUACCUGGGCGGAUCUAAGCAUACCUUCUACGAAACUGUCCUUCAGCUUCAGCUACCGGACCACGUCGUCGACAAGAACUUGCCCAAGAACGUGGUUCUCAAGAUAGAGUAUUCGGAAAAACAGAGAACUCUUCGAUCCGGUCAAGACGGACCUUUUCAACAACGAGGCUCUAAUUUACGACCGACUUCGGCCGCUGCAAGGAACCGUCAUACCGAGAUACCUAGGCUUCGCGAGUAUCACGAGCAGGAGAGCGCACCUCUUGUCAGAUGUUGGCGGGAUUCCGAUGGUCAAGGACUUGAUUCAGCGACAGACUUUGAGGGAAUGGUUUUUCGUUCACUGCGUCUCAUCCGUCAACAUGGCGUUCAGCUGGAAUAUCUGGACCCGUGUAACGUCCAUUUGUGCGGAGAUACACUUUACAUCGUGGAUUUAGAGCAUGCUGAGUUGAUUCCACCAGACGUCAGCGACGAAGAGGAGAAGGGGGAAGGUUCGCCUCUGUGGGCAGAUACAAGGCCUGGUGCAUCACGGUCAAAUUCGACGAGAUGACCUGAAAAGAUGGAUAGAGUAUGACAGGCGUCUUGCCCGCUGACGAUAUGAGGAAGGGGUAAUAGUGGGAAGAGAUAAUCAGGGGAAAGAGGCCACUGAUGGGCAAAUUAGUACUA